AUGGCAACCCACAUCCCCCCCACCCUCUCCCCCGACGCAAUCGACACCCUAACCGAACUAACCCUCAUCCUCACCAAAUUCCGCGCCGCCCAAGCCUCCGCCCGCUCCGCCGGCGCCGUCGGUCCCUCCUCCUCCUCCACCAACCCCUCCCACGGCCCCAACUCUUCCAACAACGCUCCCAUCAGCACCCCCGCCCCCGGCGCAGUAACAGGCACCACUCCCCUCCCCAUCCCUACUACCUCCAACCCAAACGCAACGACAGCAGGAUCGUUCAGUGCCAAGGACCUCCCCCAAGCAACGGAUAACCUCAAGCAUAAACUCCAACGGGCGCGACAGGCGGUCUUGACGCUCCCGGAUAUUGGGAGGACGAUCACGCAGCAGGAGAAGGAGAUCGCGGAGCUGGAGGAGAGGAAGAGGAAGCAGGUUGCCAUGCUGGCAAAGAUACGCGACGAGGGACUGCAGUUUGCAAGGCUGGAGCAGAGUAGACGGGAUGAGGAAGGGGAAAGGAUGAUGGUUGAGUAG